AUGAACACACCAACUCCCACUCAACGAACCUGGUAUCGCACCACGAUUUUCAAUGUCUCGGUUGUCGCCGUAUGCGCCUUCAUCGCGCCAGGGCUGUGGGCUGCGAUGAAUGGUCUCGGUGGCGCAGGAUCAGCCGAUCCAUACUAUGUGAACGCUGCCAACGCGGUCAUCUUCUGUCUGCAGGUCGUUGUCUGCGUCUUUGGCAGUUCUCUGAUUGCUAAAAUUGGCCUGAAGUGGGCCUUUGCGUUAGGAAUGGUGGGAUUCCCGGUAUAUGCGUCGAGUGUCUACUGCAAUGUGAAGUACAAUAAUAGCUGGUAUAUCAUGCUGGCCUGUGUGAUUGACGGCAUCUGCUCCGGCAUCUUUUGGCUCACUGAGGGUGCCAUCGUGCUUGCAUAUCCCGAAAAGCAUCGGCGUGGGAAAUACCUGGCUUACUGGCUUGCCAGCCGGAUUAUGGGCCAGAUGAUCGGGGGCGCUGUCACGCUGGGAGUCAAUGCUGGUAACCAGGAGGAGGGCCAUAUCAGUGUGCAGACAUACCUGGUCUUUAUUUCCAUCCAGGCCAUCGGCCCCUUUGUUGCCGCGACACUGUCUCCUCCUGAGAAGGUGCAGCGUUCGGACCAGUCCAAAGUCAAGAUCAAUCUACCGACGGGUUUCAAAGCAGAGCUGCAUGCCAUGUGGAAACUGCUUGGACGCACUGAAAUCCUGCUUCUCCUGCCGAUGAUGUUCCAGAGUGUCUUCUCAGAGGCCUUCUUCUCGACAUAUAACGCCACCUAUUUUACCGUGCGGUCUCGCGCCCUGUCAUCGCUGGUUGCCAGCACUUGUGUGAUUAUAUCCAACUUCCUGCUGGGAUUUUUCCUCGACUGGCGCAGGCUCUCAGUCAACACGCGCGCCAUGGCGGCGUUUAUUAUAAUCUACGCCUUUGAGCUAUCGCUAUAUGUAUACGCUAUGGUUGUAAACAAGGAGUAUGAACGGCAGGAAACCCGGCCGCUCUUUGACUGGACCGAUGACGGCUUUGGCCGCGCUGUCUGUGUCUAUAUCCUGAUGCUUGUGGGCUUUAACCUCAUGUACGACUAUCUGUAUUGGUUGAUCGGCACGGUUAAUCGCGAUGGUGGUGAUAUUAUUCGACUCAGUGCUGUUGUGCGCGGGGUGGAAAGUGCCGGGCAGGCCAUAUCCUACGGUAUCAACUCGGUUGACUCUUUCCUGCUGUCAAGUGCUGUUGCUGUGAACCUGUCCUUUUUUGCAGCAUGCAUUGUUCCAUCUGCCUUUGUUAUUUACCGUGUUGGCGUUGUCAACGGGGUCAAGGUACACCACAUCCAGCAGGACGAGACGCCGCCACAGACGUCUGGGGGAGAGGCCGGGGAGGUCUCUCCCGAUAUUAUGGACGCAAACGUGAAAUCAGACGACUAG